GUCCUUCGCUUCGAAAUAUUGACUCAUUGCGAAAACCGGCCAAUAACAGAAUCUGAAUGACAACAUUCAUCAUGAAAUUUCGGAAAAGGGAAACAAACUAUAACGACAAAGAGGUGUCGGCAACACGUCGUGUACUUACUUUUAAAUUGCUUUCAUCCUAAAAGAAGAAAUACUUCUUAUUGCGCUUGACUCGAACACGUACUUUUAUUCAAUUUAGUAAAUAAAGUAAUCGGUAAUUACUAUAAAAAUCGAAUACGCUUAAUAUACGGAAUAAAAUUCGACGAAUCUCAACGUGAAUUCGGGCGUCGACCGGUCAUCCCUCCUACCCGUAACCGUCGUCGAUUCCUUCGGCUACAAUCGUCAUUUUGUAGUUAUCAGAGCCGUGCGCGGCCACGGGUAUAGAACGUAGAAGAACGCGCUUUUUGGUAACUUAAACACUGUGUUGUGAGGUGUGGUGUCGGUCGGGUUGACCGUGUAUAUGUUGUAUAUAGUGUCGGAUUGCUGCAGUACGGGCCGCGAGUGAUCGGGCGGCACGAUGGUGGACAUGGAUAGAAACGACCCGGAGCUCCGGUAUCUGUCGGUGGAUAGAAACAGCUUCAAUGAUCCAGCUACGCAGGCGGAAUGGACGCAGAAGAGGUUAGUUUGGGUGCCUCACGAGAACCAAGGAUUCGUAGCGGCCGGAAUCAAAGGAGAGCGAGGAGAUGAAGUUGAAGUGGAGAUAGCCGAGUCAGGAAAGCGGAUGUUGGUGCCCAUAGAUGAUAUCCAGAAAAUGAAUCCACCAAAGUUCGAUAAAGUGGAGGAUAUGGCUGAACUGACCUGCUUAAACGAGGCUUCUGUUCUGCACAACAUAAAAGACAGAUACUAUUCUGGACUCAUUUAUACCUACUCUGGCCUCUUCUGUGUGGUCGUCAAUCCGUACAAGAAGUUGCCGAUAUACACGGAGAAGAUCAUGGAGAGAUACAAAGGAAUCAAGAGGCAUGAAGUACCUCCACACGUUUUCGCCAUCACCGACACGGCGUAUCGCUCCAUGCUUCAAGAUCGCGAAGACCAAUCCAUACUCUGCACCGGAGAGUCGGGCGCUGGUAAAACGGAGAACACCAAAAAGGUCAUACAGUACUUAGCGUACGUCGCCGCUUCGAAACCUAAAGGAUCAGGAGCGGGACCGUCGCCACAGCUGAUAAUAGGCGAGUUGGAACAGCAAUUGUUGCAGGCCAAUCCGAUAUUGGAGGCGUUCGGUAAUGCGAAGACGGUCAAAAACGAUAACUCAUCUAGAUUCGGUAAAUUCAUAAGGAUAAACUUCGACGCGUCCGGCUUCAUAGCCGGUGCCAACAUCGAAACGUAUCUAUUAGAAAAAUCGAGGGCCAUAAGACAAGCGAAGGACGAGAGGACAUUCCACAUUUUCUAUCAGCUGCUGACCGGAGCGACCCCGCAGCAGAAGGCCGAGUUCAUUCUAGAAGAUGCGAAAAGCUACCCGUUUUUAUCUAGUGGCGCUCUACCGGUGCCCGGCAUCGAUGACGCGGCCGAGUACCAGGCCACCAUGAAGUCAAUGAACAUCAUGGGCAUGAACAACGAGGACUUCAAUUCGAUAUUUAGGAUAGUCUCGGCGGUUCUCUUGUUCGGGUCGAUGCAGUUCAAGCAGGAAAGGAAUUCGGAUCAAGCCACGUUGCCCGACAACACCGUGGCGCAGAAAAUCGCGCAUUUACUUGGUCUUUCCGUAACGGAAAUGACGAAGGCUUUCUUGAAACCGAGAAUUAAAGUGGGUCGCGAUUUCGUCACAAAAGCACAAACCAAGGAACAAGUUGAGUUUUCUGUUGAAGCUAUCGGUAAGGCUUGUUACGAACGUUUGUUCAGAUGGCUGGUGAACAGGAUCAACAGGUCUCUGGACAGGACGAAGAGACAAGGCGCCUCGUUUAUCGGCAUCCUCGACAUGGCAGGGUUCGAAAUCUUCGAAUUGAACUCCUUCGAACAGCUCUGCAUCAACUACACGAACGAGAAGUUGCAGCAACUCUUCAACCACACUAUGUUUAUAUUGGAACAGGAAGAGUAUCAGCGCGAAGGAAUCGAAUGGAAAUUCAUUGAUUUCGGUCUCGAUCUCCAACCGACCAUCGAUCUCAUCGACAAACCCAUGGGCAUCAUGGCCUUGCUCGAUGAAGAAUGUUGGUUCCCCAAGGCGACAGACAAGACCUUCGUCGAGAAGUUGGUGUCGGCCCACUCCGUGCACCCGAAGUUUAUGAAGACUGACUUCCGCGGCGUGGCAGACUUCGCCAUCAUUCACUACGCCGGUAAAGUGGACUACUCAGCCGCCCAGUGGCUCAUGAAGAACAUGGACCCGCUCAACGAGAACGUCGUGUCGCUUCUUCAGAACUCGCAGGAUCCUUUCGUUUGUCACAUCUGGAAGGACGCUGAGAUUGUCGGCAUGGCGCAGCAGGCGAUGACCGACACGCAGUUCGGUGCAAGAACGCGCAAAGGAAUGUUCAGGACUGUCUCCCAACUGUAUAAGGAGCAGUUGACUAAACUGAUGGCCACAUUGAGGAACACCAAUCCGAACUUUGUGAGGUGCAUCAUUCCCAACCAUGAAAAGAAAGCAGGAAAGAUUGAGGCGCCCCUCGUCUUGGACCAGUUGCGGUGCAACGGUGUCCUCGAGGGCAUCAGAAUUUGCAGACAGGGCUUCCCGAACAGGAUUCCGUUCCAAGAGUUCAGGCAGCGCUAUGAACUCCUCACUCCGAACAUCAUUCCUAAAGGUUUCAUGGACGGAAAGAAGGCCUGCGAACAGAUGAUCGAGGCUCUCGAGCUGGACCACAAUCUGUACAGAGUUGGUCAGUCGAAAAUAUUCUUCAGGGCCGGUGUGCUGGCUCACCUGGAAGAGGAGAGGGAUUACAAGAUCACGGACUUGAUAGUCAACUUCCAGGCGUUCUGCCGCGGCUACCUGGCCCGGCGGAACUACCAGAAGAGACUCCAGCAACUCAACGCCAUUCGGAUCAUUCAGAGGAACUGCGCUGCGUAUCUCAAGUUGAGGAAUUGGCAGUGGUGGAGACUGUAUAUUAAGGUGAAACCCCUUCUAGAAGUAACGAAACAAGAAGAGAAACUCACCCAGAAAGAGGAUGAGCUACGUCAGAUACGCGAGAGACUCGAAACCCAGGCGAAACGGUCCCAGGAGUUGGAGCAGAAGUACCAGCAGGCUACCGCUGAGAAGACCCAGCUCGCCGAACAAUUGCAGGCGGAAUUGGAACUGUGCGCCGAAGCGGAAGAGAGUCGAGCUCGCGCCGCGGCCAGGAAGCAGGAGCUGGAGGAGCUGCUGCACGACCUCGAGGGACGGAUAGAGGAGGAGGAGGAGAGAUGCAAUGCUCUGCAGCAGGAGAAGAAACGUCUCCAGCUGAAUAUACAGGACCUGGAGGAACAGCUGGAAGAAGAAGAGGCGGCCCGUCAAAAGUUACAGCUGGAGCGUGUCCAGUGUGACUCCAAGAUCAAGAAGCUGGAGGAGGACCUCGCCCUGAGCGAUGACACCAACCAGAAACUCGUCAAGGAGAAGAAGAUUUUGGAAGAACGGGCCAACGAUUUGUCUCAAGCGUUGGCCGAAGAAGAAGAGAAGGCCAAACAUUUGAGCAAACUCAAGGCCAAACAGGAGUCUGCUAUCGCCGAACUUGAAGAGAAAUUACUUAAGGAUCACCAAAUGCGACAAGAAGUGGACCGAGCCAAGAGGAAACUGGAGACGGAGCUGCAGGACGUGAAGGAGCAGCUCGUCGAGAGGAAGGCGCAGCUCGAGGAGCUGCAGAUCGCACUCGUGAAGCGCGAGGAGGAGGUGACGGCGGCGGCGGCGCGCGCGGAGGCGGAGUCGGCCGCGCGCGCCGCCGCGCAGAAGGCCGCGCGCGAGGCGGAGUCGGCGCUGGCCGACCUGCACGACGACCUGGACGCCGAGCGCGCCGCCCGCUCCAAGGCAGAGAAGCUGCGCAGGGACCUCAACGAGGAGCUCGAGGCGCUCAAGAGCGAGCUGCUCGACUCGCUGGACACCACCGCAGCCCAACAGGAGCUCCGGUCGAAGCGCGAGCAGGAGGUGGCGGUGCUGAAGCGCAGCCUGGAGGAGGAGGCGGCGGCGCACGAGGCGGCGCUCACGCAGCAGCGCCACAAGCACUCGCUCGACCUGCAGGCGCUCAACGAGCAGCAGGAACAACUCAAAAAGGCUAAAGCUGCUCUUGAGAAAGCGAAGCAGUCGCUGGAAGCAGAAAACGCGGACCUCGCCACGGAACUGAAGUCCGCCAGCGCCGCCCGCGCCGACGGCGAGAAGAAACGGAAGCAGGCGGAGGCCCAGCUCGCCGACCUCGCCGCCAAGCUGCAGGACAUCGAGAGGACCAGAGCGGAAGUCCAAGAGAAAUGCGUCCGUCUGCAGAGCGAGGCGGAGCAGGCCGCGGCUCAGCUGGAGGACGCCGAGCUGAAAGCCUCCGCCGCCGUCAAGCAGUCCGCUACCAUCGGCGCGCAGCUCACGGAGGCGCAGGCACUUUUGGAAGAAGAAACGAAGCAGAAGCUGUCCCUCCAGACGAAGCUCCGCAACAUUGAACAAGAGUUGGAACAGGCGCGCGAUCAGCUCGAAGAAGAAGAGGAGGCUAAGAAAAAUCUCGAGAAACAGGUGACGGCGCUAACGGUCCAAGUGUCCGAGGCGAAGAAGAAAGCAGAGGAGGAAGCUAAGAAUGCGGCCGCCCUGGAGGAACAGCGCAAGAAGCUCAGCAAGGACGUGGAAGCUCUGCACCGGCAGAUCGACGAGCUGCAGCAGGCCAACGACAAACUAGACAAGAGUAAAAAGAAACUUCAAGCCGAGCUGGAAGACACUAACAUAGAACUAGAAGCCCAGCGAGCCAAAGUUAUGGAGCUUGAGAAGAAACAGAAGAGCUUCGAUAAGGUGGUGGCCGAAGAGCGUGCCGUGGCGGAGCGGUACGCCGCCGAGAGAGAUCAGGCGGAGCACGAGGCCAGGGAGAAGGAGACCAGGGUGCUCUCUCUGACCAGGGAAUUAGAUGAUGCUGCCGAGAAGAUCGAAGAGCUAGAACGGACGAAGCGAGUGCUCCAAGCGGAGCUGGACGAGCUGGCCAACUCGCAAGGCACGGCCGACAAGAACGUCCACGAGCUGGAGCGAGCCAAGCGAGCGCUGGAGUCGCAGCUGGCCGAGCUGCACGCGCAGAACGAGGAGAUCGAGGACGACCUGCAGCUCACCGAGGACGCCAAGCUGCGGCUCGAGGUCAACAUGCAGGCCAUGCGCGCGCAGUUCGAGCGCGACCUGCAGGCUAAAGAAGAACAAGGCGAGGAGAAGCGUCGCGGCAUCGUGAAGCAGCUGCGCGACGUGGAGACGGAGCUGGAGGAGGAGCGCAAGCAGCGAGCCGCCGCGCUCGCGCAGAGGAAGAAGCUCGAGGCCGACCUCAAGGACGCCGAGCAGGCGCUGCACCUCGCCAACAAGGUCAAAGAAGAUGCCGCAAAACAGGUUAAGAAACUACAGCAGCAGCUCAAGGAAGCUGCCCGCGAGGCCGAAGAAGCCAGAGCCGGUCGCGAAGAGGCUUCGGCCUCGGCCAGAGAAGCCGAGAGGAAGCUGAAGGCCCUGGAAGCCGAGGCUCUCCAUCACGUCGAAGAGCUGGCGGCCGCCGAGCGAGCGAGACGACAGGCUGAAGCAGAGAGAGACGACCUGCACGAUGAACUCAAUAAUACCUCCGCUAAGAGUACACUUCUGAUCGAUGAGAAGAAACGUCUCGAGGCCAGAAUAGCCGCCCUCGAGGAGGACAUCGACGAAGAACAAUCCAACAACGAAAUACUUAGCGAUAGACUUAGGAAGUCACAGAACCAAAUCGAUACAUUAACAAUGGAGUUGGGAACAGAGAAAUCUGCAACACAGAAGCUGGAGAGCGGCAAACUCGUCCUCGAGAGGCAGAACAAGGAGCUGAAGGCGAAACUCGCUGAAAUGGAGACGGCGGGACGGACCAAGACCAAGGGUGUUAUUACGUCAUUGGAGCUGAAGGUGGCCAACCUCGAGGAGCAACUGGAGGCGGAGUCGAGAGAGCGCCUCGCUCAACAGAAGGCCUCGAGGAAACUCGAUAAGAAGAUGAAGGAGUUGGCUCUUCAACUCGACGAGGAAAGAAGACAGGCCGACCAGUUCAAGGAACAGAUUGAAAAGAUGAACGUGAGAAUGAAAACACUAAAGCGUCGUUUAGACGAGGCGGAAGAGGAAGUGCAGCGCGAGAGGGCCGGCAAGAGGAAGGCGCAGAGGGAACUCGAGGACCUCAACGAGGCUCACGAAACCGUCACCCUCGAGUGCAACAACUUGAGGAACAAACUCAGGUACGGACGCACGGUCUGGACGUCAAGGCCACGGAGAUCGGAUCUCAUACGUGGGACAAUCAGUAACAUCAGUGAUGUUCAACUUGGACUCACCGCUCUCCUCGGUCCUAGAUCGUGUCGGUUUUUUUAUUUUUUAGGUGAGUGGACGAGCUCACAGCCCACCUGGUGUUAAAUGGUUACUAGAGCCCAUAGACAUCCACAACGUAAAUGCGCCACCCACCUUGAGAUAUAUAAGUUCUAAGGUCUCAGUAUAGUUACUAGGUAGUUUAUAGGGUAAAUAGAAGAGAACUUUAAAAGAAAAAUGUCGUUCAGAUGCCGUUCGUAAAUCGAGUAACUUGAUUCACCUUACAAUCUGUGUUUUCAAUUUUGGCAUUCUGUGGCUGGUCUCAGCCAGUACUGUCAUGUAAUGUCAAGUUUUCAAGUAACCUCUGUGACGUAGCGCCUUCGGAAGCCAUGACCUUGGACAAUCUCGUUAUGGGACCACCGGGAUUCAAAUGCUAGUUCUUUUGAAAGACUAUAUCUGCUUAGCGAGUAUGGUCUUACUGCUGAAAUGUAACUUUGACAAUUUUGAUUAGCAAUCUAAAAAAAUUAUGAAAAAACGGCGUUGCAUAGAGUGACUGUUAGUUUUUUAACAGUGGCACCGUCACUACGCCUAAAAGGUUGGCGUCCCUGUGUGACUUCGAUGAGAGCGAAUAAACGAGUCCUAAAUACUAGAAGAAGAGGUAAAAGAAAAUGCUGGUGUUGAUGUGCUGCUUUUGUCAUCUUCAUUAUAAAUUUUUAAUACUUUCUAAAACGGCCAUCUUUGUUUUUGUCUGAUAGGUAUGGCAACACCAUCGAAUGAAAUUACGAGUUAUGAAUGGUUAUUCGAUUUGAUUCGAAUGAAAAAUUGAUGCUUGACACAUCAAAGUACGGCAUUUAUUCUGGUUAGAUUUCAUUUAUAGGAAUUUCGUUUCGUAAUUCCGGAUAGAACCGUGGGCACGAAAAUCUAAUAGGGAAACCCUCAAUGUGUUGCCAGGCCUGGUCUUAUAAUCGGUUCAAUUUUAACUGCAUAUCUCUAGAGCAUAUCUCUAAAUGAUGAAAUAAUGAAUUAAGACGACUUAUGUAUUCUAUACUCAACUCAUUUGGGUGCGAACUAAAAUUAGUGACAUUAUUUUGCUUAUAACGAUUGAUUUUCUGAAUGUUUGUGAGAAACAUUAUCGAUUUUUCCUUCAUUUCUAUUUCAUAUAGCUGUCGCCGGUUUUGUUUCGUUGGUGUAUUUGUUUGUAACUCUGAUUGCUGUACGGGUGAUGUGUCUGCACUCGUAUGAUUGUACAGAACCUGUAUUUGUCUGGACAGUCUGUGUUCGGUGCCUGCAACACAGGGGAACUGUCUGUACUGGGGCUUGGGAUCGAUGAGUGUGGAACAUUUGACUUUGGAUUUGAUUAAUCUCUUAAUAUAACAGGAGGGUUCUGCUUGUAUGUGACAAAAUUCAUGAUAUUAUAAUAAUACAAAUUAGCAAAAUCUGGGCCCCGGGAAAAUAAAAGCUUUUUAUAAUUGUGUCGUCUUUAAUCAUAAAAGCACACAUUCAUGGUUUGAUUUUGAAAUAAUUGUGUUGUCCGUUUGGUCUAUUUGUGUGCCUUUUAAAUCCUUUUACUAUUUUCUAUUGAAAUUGAGAUGAGUGUUUUAUUGAGAUGAAAGGGGUAAUUUUUUUUGUUAUAUAGAAAAGGGUCAAUCUAGAGUUAUGAUUUAUUGACCAUGUCACCUUGAGAUUGUGUGACAUUAAAUUGAUAGCUGCUUAAUGUUGGUAUAAGAGUUUGUGGGAGGCUUAAGUUAGAAAGAAUUAUUAAUGGUGAGAAAAUAAUAUAUUGCAUUUAAACAGCUUUGUACUCUCACUCGACUAUGAGCUAUAUGGAUGAUUUUAAUCUAUUAAGAAGGUAGUUUAAAAUUAUCGCUAAAAUUUACCUGGGCAGAUAGCCAAGCGAGUGAACAGAUAACAAAUUGACCGAAUAAGGUGAUGUAGAACUGGCUGUUGUACAUGAGAAAUAAUAGUACAGUAGUUUGGGGGGAAUCGGGACGCUUUCCAAUUCCAACACGAAUUUUCAUCGGUUUUUCUUAGGGUAAUUACCAAUAAAAUUGAGAUCUAAAUGGUUCCGGAGGUUAUUAUUUUCAUAUACGAUGCAUUAUUAUACGUAGUUCAUUGAAAAAUAUACACAAAAACUUAAAAAAACUAGCUUAACCUGAUUCAUCUUGGCUUUUGGGGUGAAUCGGGUCAUGAUGUAUGGAGACAAUACAGUUAAUCGAUAGGGCUGGCACUGUUUAGUUAGGUAGGUACUUUAGGUAAUUAACUUUUCAAUAUCUGUAAUAAGUUACAAAACUCUGAUGACUAAAUUAAACUAUUUAAUAUUCAUAAACACUAAAUAAAAGUCCUUUUCAAUUCAAAAAAUGUAAAUCUCACAAAAGCAAUGUGCCAACCCAGAUUUGUCUCUAUUCUACCCCUAGUCCCAAUUCCCCCCAAUCUACGGUACUUGAAAAAUGGAAGUUUUUUUUUAUUGCUUAGGUGGAUAGAAGAGCUCACAGCCCACUUGGUGUUAAAUGGUUACUGGAGCCCAUAGACAUCUACAACUUAAAUGCGACACUCACCUUGAGAUAUAAGUUCUAAGGUUUCAAGUAUAGUUACAACGGCCGCCCCACCCUUCAAACCGAAACGCAUUACUGCUUCACGGUAGAAAUAGGCAGGGCGGUGGUACCUACCCGCGCGGACUCACAAGAGGUCCUACCACCAGUAAAAAUUGAUGUAUGUUUCUGUCUUACAGGCGACAAGGUGGGCCGAUAAGUCUGUCCAGCGGCUCCACGACCUCGCGCAGGAACCGUCCAUCCUUGGCUCCGGGAGGCGGCUCCGGAGACGAGUCCUUCGAUGACGUCAACGAUACAACAAACAGCGUCGAGUAACAUUAACAAGUCACUAGCGAUGUUCACUUUGAAUUUUAUUCUUUAACACCCAUAGGAAUAGAGCUGAGAUUUCUUUGUAAGGUAAACCUUAGGCUUAGGUCCUUUGUAUGGCACGCAUUCGUAUUUCGAAAUUAUUGUUGGUAACGGUGUUGCAAACGUUAGAAAUCGAAGCGUUAUCGCAAUAUUUUUGUUAGAAUUAAAUGAUAUAAAUUCAAGUAGACAUCGCAUUCGGACAGUAAGUUUAACUCUACAGCUUCGCAUUCUGUUUUGCCUUUGAUAAUUGUUAUGUAUACAGAUUGUAGUAAUAAAUGUUACAAUAAUAUUUUAUGGUGUUAAAUUUUAAUGUCUACAUAUUAUGUAUGUACGGGGCAUAUUUCCGCCGAUGCUGUUCACUCGGCCAAGCAAAUAAAGUUCUUAGUCGAUCAGAAGACAGAUUGUGACUGAUUUUCAAGACAAUAUGGCCGCCUGACAAAUUAUAAUGCUGACAAAUAUUAUUGUACCUUUUUAGAACGCGCUGUAUUUACGCGUACAUUUUAUAAGUAUUGUAAUUUAAAGAAAUGUAGAUAGGCACACUAGAGGCGGCCUAAGUUUUUAACGAAUAUAUUCGGCUCUCUGUCACUCUUGCGGUCAGAGCGCGAGUGCGACAGAGACGUGCAUAGCUGCAUUUUAACCUCUUGCUUAGAUACCGGUGCUCAAUUUAAUCUAAAAACAAUGCAUUUAAACAGUCUUAUGUAUCUUUUUGGUACUUUCUCACAACUAUUUUGAUAUCCCCAAUUGCGCAUCCAGUAUUAUACGAUACAUUCCUUGAUAAAUCGAAGUAUAUCUUCAUGUUUACCCAGAUUCGAUCGAAAAUAACAUUGGUGAUAUUCUUUUUUUUUUUAAAUGUAAACAAAGAGUAUUAUUGUUUUGUGGCAAAAGUACAUAAAUCAUGUUAUAAGAAAAUAAGCAAAAUAGUGCAUUUAAAAAAAGCGACUGAGCAACGAAGACUGUUUUUGAGGGAAUCGUUUUUUGAUACACUUAAUUCGAAAUUUGUACAACGUUAAAUUUAUAUUAAUAUUUUUUACUACCGUCAAAUUGAGUGUGAUGGAUAACACUGUUUCCGGAUCGAACCCGCGAUCCGUUGGUCCGCCACGACGCUCGCCUCGCGUGUCGUCCCGCGCUACAUGUAAAUAAAAUCAGUGCGAACACUGAGCGCUUAGUUGCCAUAAAAUUUUACGAUUUAGUUUUAAGUAACACGAAACAUUUAGCCUUUUUGAUGCAUACGUGACAGUUCUGAACUUUAACGUCUACACAGUAAGUACGAGAAUAGCUUGACGUAUGUUAACUGUCGCGUAUCGCUAUUUUUGUAACCGUAUUUCACUCAAAAUGUAACGUUUUUAAACAACAAAACGUGUAAAUACGCCAUUGUUUUUGGUGUUUUUUUUUUUAAAUACAAUGCUGUAUCGAUUGUUGCCAACCGAAAAAAUAAAGCGGCAGACACGGCUCACGAACAUAGACGUUUAAUAUUAAGAACGUAGGAAUAAAUUGUGGCCUUAGGUUUUUUUUUUAAUAUGGACAAUACGUAAAUCGGAACGUUAUCGCCCUCUGUUGGCGCUAAAUACGAGUGUAACUUUGUAAUGAGCAUUUUAACAAUGUCUACCAACGUCUAUUUAUCUACCUAUCCAAUUUUUUAUUUUUAUUUUAUUUAAUAAAUAUAGUUUUUUUCUUUUUCCGAUAUAAUAAUAUAAAUUCUAAAUGUAAGUGAACCAUUGAAGCAUAAACAUAUUUUACAUAAAUAUUAUAUUUAAUUAUUAACAAUAUUGAUGUAAUUGUAAAAUUGGUCAUAGGUUGUAACAAGUUAUAAGUUGGUAUGCCAAUUAAACAAUUUUUCAUAAUUUUUAAAAA